GUUAACCCGCUUCCGGUCCUGGAAAACGGAAAGAUUGGAGACCGUGACAUUAUGUGGAAAGCGGAUUAUAGGAUUACGCCUUCGGCUUGACCGGAGGAGGAGACGACUUCUCUUGCGCCGCCGCACACUCCGCAGCAGAGUUGCUCUCCCAUGGCGAUCUCCCACCUCUCCCGCCGCCUCCUGAGCCCCGCCGCCGAGACGGCCAGGCUUCUCCCUAAGCCGCAUCCCCUCCUCUUCCUCCACCCGCACCGCCACUUCUCCGCUCCCUCGCAACCCGAUGGCGGCGGCGGCCCCGCUCCGGUGUCCCCGGAGUCGAUGAAGCACCAGGAGAUCGAGGGGCCCACGGUGGAGCGCGACACCUCGCCGCUCGCGGACGAGACGCGGAGGGAGCUCGACGCGCUCCGCGCCGCCGUGCAGCGGAUCAGCGGCUCCCUCGCGCUCCUCGGCGGGGCGCACCUCGCCGCGGGCGCGUGGAUCGCAUCGGGCGCGGCGCCCGUCGGCGUGGGGUCGGCCGCGGCCGUGCAGGGGGUGGUGGCGUUCGCGUUCCCCUUCACGGCCGCCCUGGUGCUGCGCCGCGCCAUCAAGCCCAUCGCCUUCUUCCAGAAGAUGGAGGCCAACGGGCGGCUGCAGGUGCUCACGCUGUGCCUCCAGGCCACGAAGAAUGUGAACCUCAUGCUGCUCCGAACGCGGGUGGUCGCCAUCUCGUGCGCUCUCGGGGUGUCUGUCGGGUCAGUAGCUACGAUCUUGAUGCGGUGAAACUCUCUAGGAAGGAUGGUUAGUUUCAUUGUUCGGAUAAUAAAAGUGCACUGGUGGUAGGCAUGAGAGUCUGAACUAUGAAAUUUGGGUGCUUUUGGAUGUCGAUCAUUGCUAGAGUAAUUUUUUUUUGUGUAUGCUUACACUAUCAAGGAAAUCGUAAUGUUACUGUCUCGACUUUUACCUGCAAAUGUAGAGAUUACUCUUCCUAUGACCACUAUGUUAAUGGAAGUCAAAGCAAUGUUACAAAAUACCUUGCAGAGCUAAACCGCAAAAGGUUUUAAAUGUUGCUAAGUGCAGUGACUUUAUGUUGUAUCGAAGUGCUUCUGGCAUCUUCUUAUUUCCUGUGGAUUUUUGACAAACCAGCUCUGUGUUACUUGUUAGCAACUUAGCAUGGUUGCUGUGCCUGUGGUGAGCAGUGAGCUUGUAAAAACAUUUUACUAGAUACCAUUUGCCUGCUGACUCGUUUAUGGCUGAACUGUGUUUUGAAACCAUCAUGUUUUGUCAAGUUAUCAUCUUGCACUAGACAGCUAUUGGUACCUAGUGAGGUGAGAAUGCAUUUGGAAAGCUCUUUGUCUGUUUAUGUUUUCAGUUCACAGCUCAUUUUUAUCAGUAAUUUGAGUCUUUUUAGGUUGAUUUGUGAGCUGUUGAAGUUUACAUUGAGUUUCACAAGAGAUCAAUAUAUUUUCAAAAGUCACAAGAAUUUAUCAAUAAAUGGCUUUGAAUUGAUGUGAUUUCGUCUACUGAAAUUCUCAGCAUUGCUCUAUGUAUUGACACGUUUCUAUUUGUGUAAAUUUAAAAUGGUUUGUUAUUCAAUGUCCAAAUGAUAGUAAAUUAAUUUGUUUGUUUUCUAUUUGGACAACUGUUUUUCUAUAAAGAUUAGAUAGGUUCUCCUAUUUUACAUCUUAUUGGUCACAUUGUCAUAUCUAUUUUUGUAGCUUGCAUACUGAAUCUCUCUCCUAUUUCCAAAUAGCAAACAGUAUUGGGAUUAAAUAUAAUCCAAUCACCCCCUCACUGAGCUGAUUUUGUUUCUUUGCAAGAUGAUUAGUGAUGUCUUGAUUAGUGAUGGAAAUGUAUGCAGAUACUUUCUUUAUGAGACCUUGUAAGUACUGUUGUAGGUAGAACUUGAAUUAUCAAUAAGUUUUUAAUAAGUUCUCCCUAUCUGCAGCACUAACUUGAAGGUAGUCUUUAGCAAUGUUGACAUGACCUAAAAGGUUGGUUUUUAUUUUAAAAGGUUGUUGCUUUUAAUAAACCGUGAGCUGUAUAAUUGGAACUUUCCCACUGUCCAGACUUGCCUUAUGAAUACAAUGAGGUUUAGCUUUGCAUAAUUUAUACAAUCUAAAAGUUUGAUUCUUAUCCCUUAAAUAAAAAUAUGCUUUUGUAGCAAUAUAUUCAACAAAUGGUAUGGCCAUAUAGGCCUUGCAAAUCCUGCUAGGGGAAAGUAAGAUAUCGCAGACUACAGUCCUGGAUGAGAUUUUUACAGGUAUCCUGAUACCUGAGAAGUUUGAUAAUUUUCUGACAAGAUUUCCAUGAUAAACUAGAAAUAAUCUGGAGUAGUAGUUCUAUUGAUGGGAAGGCAUCAUAUAUACUGAUCAUUUCUGUAGAGCAAAACUGAUGAAGGCAUGGAGUUUAUCAUUAUUAAUAAAUAUAUACAGUACGCUGCACUGUGCUUAACUUGUAGGUUUGGUCUAAGUGGCAAACUGGUAAUGCUGUAUACAGAAUAUGCGUCAGACAUCCUCUAUCAGCUAGGUUAGCCUUCCUCUGAUAAAUAGAAUUCUGUAGGGUGCAGUGGAAUAGCCUGUCACUUUCCUUUUGGAUGUGACAAAGUGUCACUUUCCUUUUGGAUGUGACAAAGAUUCACCGGCAAUAUUAUCUGCUAAUUGGUAAGCUCUUAACAGUUGGCCUAGUUAAAAUAGCUCUUUCUGAACAAGUAGAUAACCAUUGCCAUUAUUGGUGCCUUUCUAUUACUAUAAAUUGGCAUUUUGGCUGAAAGGAGGAUACACAUUGAUCACCUUCAGCUUCCCAGUUCCUAAACUUUCAGGUCUCGUUUCAUCUUUGGUUAUGUCAGACUGUUAGCAUUCCAUGUAGUACAUCAUCUUUAGUUUAGGUAUCCUCCUUGGGCUGAGAUCAAGCCUAUGCCACCAUUAUCAUUUUCCUCUUGCACAAGGGUGGGAAAAUCCUUAUGUUAUUGGUUAUAAUGUUCUUGACCUUGCAAGGCCAAGGUACCAGCUACAUGCUGGGGGAUGGGUGACCUUGGCACCUGCCUAUGAUGAAGUGUGGCUCUUUGCUUUAGUUGUCUGCUCUUCUGUAAUCUGUACUCUGCAUUAUUUCAAGAUGAAUUGUAUCCUCUAGAUUAAUCUUCUGUUUCCUUGAUGAGUUGCGAGUUUGCGACAUUCCUGUCAAGCUGAUACAUUUGUCAUGGUUAACGAGAAAGAACAUAUAUGGUGUAUUUGUUUCUGAAUCCUGCGCAUGGCAGCAUGCUUCUUUGUCUAUUGUUAUCAUUGAUAUGACUUAUGAAUCAAUUGUGGUGGUCAUUCUGAAUCACAUGCUCUACACUCUCACUAAGUAACAUGACUCGAAAGCAAGUUUUUUUUUUGGCCACUAAGGGAUACAGCAUCGCAGAGACUUUGUCGGAACCUUUUUUUUUUCCGAUUAGUUUCAUUCUUUCUGGUGCGUGCAAAUAAGCCAAUGGCAAAGUGGACUGAUGGUCUGAUGUCAAUGUUGUAGUGAGAUGUUUCUCCUUGUCUUUGGCAACAGAGUAUCCUGUGUUUUAUUUCCUUUCCGCUGCUGGAGUAGUUGAAUCUGAAUUGCCAAUGCUUAUUUUUGGCCGCUCAGUUCUGUACUUGUGCAGAUCGUGUGCCCCCUUUACAACUUUUGUUCAGAGUUUUAUUUACUUAGGCAUUGUUUCAGGAGAGCUAGCAAUAAUGCUUAGUAAGAUUUUUGUGAUUUUCUUGAUCUAAUGAACUGGGGCCUAUUUUGAUCUGUCAGUUCGACAAAAAAAAAAAAAAAGAGGAGGAACAUACUUGUGGAAUUUAGUUGUCUCGGGUGAUAUUAAGCCACCACAUAUCCCUUAUGUAUGUUUUAACGGAAUUUGUAAGUCUUUUGCCAACUGCAAAGCGGACUAAAAUUACAUUCUGUUCGAAGGAACUAGAAUGAUUUAUAUUGGCAUGAUUACAGCGCAAUUUGAUGUCACUGGCCUUCUGAAAAUCAUUCCCUUCCAGGCUGUUCCAUUUGGUCCUGCUUAAUUGUUUGUUUCUGAGUGUUAUGGCAAUAAUUAAUCUACUGCGUUAUGGAAAAACUGAAAAGAAAUUUAGCAGUUAUAUAUACCUUUCAGUAAUCCAAUUACUGAAGUACGAAAUGAACUCGAUUUUAUUCAGAUACAGGCAAUAAUACGAAUGCCAAUACGGCAAUGCCAUUGCCAAAUUAACAUGCCAGUCAUGAUUGAUGCGCGUCUCCUAGAAGAUGAACGUCAGAACGUGUGUAACCGAAUGAUGGUGAAAUCAAACGAAAAUGCGUAGCCAGUAAUUCCAAUAUCUUAAUUUAAUCCAAACAAAUGGUGAAUAAUAGUACAAUAUCCAUUCCCUUCAAAUAGGGUGGACGAAAUAUGAGAAAUCAAAGCACCGAAAUCAAACCGGUGCAUCAAAAAUACAACCCAUUAUAAAAAGAGAAGAAAGAAGACGAGGCAUCAAAGUUGGCACAAAUCAAAGCACCCACAUUAUCGCGCGUGUUUGGAUCGGUUUAGUAGCCAUGGCCAUGCAUCCAUCUCCUCCUCUUCCUCUCUUCCUCCUCCGGCUGGGCUCACUGCAGGUAGUAGGCGAAGAACGAGACCACGGUGGCGCCGAGCGCCGCGCCGAUGGCCGGCGCGACGGCCGCGGGAGCGGCGCUGGUG